GCUAACAAAAGAGAGAUAUUUUACGGGACUGGCGCAGUUAUGCUUCCGUUUUUAUUUUCAAAAUAAAAUUGUAGUUUUUUUUAAAACCAGCUACUUUUAGGCAGUUUGAUGACCAACGCCCACCUUAUGUUUAUCUAUGUAUGAUAUUGCAGAAACUCUGGUUUUAGUGUUUUGUAAAGCUUUAAGCGCUUUAAUCUGAAAUAGUUCAAACGCUGCCUGCUCUUAUUUUGAAAGGGAAAACCCUGACACCGGACGUCGCAACGCAAAAAACAGCGCCAACUUCCCGCAUUUAUCCUUAGCCGUGUUUUUCUAACCGUGUACGUUUUAACAUUAUACACUGUAAUGACUUCACUGUGGUGGCAGUGUCUUUAGGUGGAUACGCGUAAAACCUGCACAUAAAUGUAUGACAACGCUGCUUUAUCACUAACUAACGUCAGGGUCUGAACAUGUCCAAUGACCUCGCUGGUGUGUGGGAGGUGGCACUGAGUGAUGGUGUCCACAGGAUAGAGUUUGAACAUGGCACGACCACCGGGAAGAGGGUCAUCUUCGUCGAUGGAAAGGAGGUAGUGAGGCGGGACUGGAUGUUCAAACUUGUGGGGAAGGAGACUUUCAGUGUGGGCAAGUCAGACACCAAAGCGACCAUCAACAUCGAUGCAGUCAGUGGUUUCGCCUAUGAGUACACCUUGGAGAUCAAUGGGAAGAGCCUGAAGAAGUACAUGGAGAACAGAUCAAAGGUCACCAGCACCUGGGUUCUCAACUUGGAUGGCAUUGACUGCAGGGUGGUGCUGGAGAAAGACACAAUGGAUGUUUGGUGUAAUGGACAAAAGAUUGAGACUGCAGGGGAGUUCGUGGACGACGGCACAGAAACACAUUUCACACUCGCGGACCACAACUGCUGCGUGAAGGCCGUCAGCAGCGGGAAGAGACGAGACGGGAUCAUCCACACGCUGCUCGUGGAUGGCACAGAGAUAGCUGAAUGCACAGAGUGACCGUGUGGGUGUGUGUUUCUACAUUUGUGUGAAAGCAGAGAUCUCGUUUGUACGUGUGACUCUUGGUAUCUGUGAAGAGUAGAAAAAAAAGUCAUUUAAAGCUUUUGGGAGUCAGGGACCAAUUGACAAAGAUAUGCGCUCCAGUGUUUGGAUGGCCAUCCUCUGGAGGGUAUAUUAGCCAUACAUCGGUACUGUAAAGGUUGCUCUGUGUUAAUAUAGUACAAGUUGAAGACGGGACCUGCAGUCUGGGCAGUUUUAGAGGAGAGGGUACAGCCAUACAUUUCAGCCAGAAAAAGGGAUUUACUGUCUCAAAAUGUAACUUCACAUUGAAACACUUUUUUGAGUCGUAAACUUGUACUUUAUAUUGAUUAUAAAUACUAUAAAUUUUAGUACUGGUAUCAAUAUUGGAGUCCAGAUGUGCCAUAUGUAUCUAUCUCAGCCUGGCUUCGCCCUGCGGUCGUAACACGAGCAGCUGGUGUUCUCUUAGAGACCUUCUGUACCUAUUGUGAUUUUGUAGAAAACAACCACUUUAUAAAUAACACAAACCCCAGACUUCUUGUCCCCCUGCUCUUCUGUUGUAUGUUUUUAAAUGUUGCGCAGUAGGAGGAUCAAAUACCAGGGUACAAGAUUAUUCCUUGAAUGUAGCCUCAUUCCAGCGUGCACUGCUCAGGAGUCUUUGUUUAGUCUGACGUUGACGUGUUAAAUGGUCUGUGUGGUUGGUUCAGCCAGUUGAUCUUACAGUAAUAUGUAAUUAGCUUCUAGCAGACUGUGUCAAAACAUCCUUGUCUACAAUUUAACGGCAGUAACAAUUUCUUAGACAAUCAUACAGAUGUGACAUUAUUGCCAGUAAUUGUAUAGAAAUCAUACACACAGCGGAAGUGAAUCCCCUGCUGAUAUCCAAAAAUACUUUGUAGACUUCAGAGAUGUGUGCAGUUCUGUCGUGCUGUAAAAUAAUAAGUCUUGUUUUCUAUGUAAAGGCCAGAUUUUAAGAUAAUUUAAGAUAAACAUUUUUAUAAAGUCCUGGUUGCAAAUUAAAGAGUGAAAAUGUAUUCAUCUCAAGGCAUUUACUAUUUUUUGAGCACUGGUAAAAAAAAAAAAAGUAUGUGAAAACACUUACAUGAACAACAGUUUUGUGUUUUGACCAACAGAAAAACAAACUUAAUUCAAGGUCUCCAUGACAACUGAGUGAACUUUCUCCAGAGAUGCAGCUGAAAGCUCCAGUAAAAUCUACUAAAUGGACCUUUUUUUGUCAAACAAUUUCCAUGGUCAAAGAUAAACUUUCAUGCUCAAUAGACUGUGAUUUCUAACAUUUGUGUUGUUGUAUCAUUAAAAAUAUGUCUCAUAUGUCCGGUGUAUGAUUUAAGUGAAUCAGUUAUUUCAUUUUGUUCACUGUUACGGUAACAUUACAUGUUGUUAUGGUAAAUGUUAAUCUGAUGAUCCGGUUUUG